GAAUAGGUACGGCCAGUCGCGCGUUGCUUCUCCGUCGUGGCCAGAUCCGAAACGACCGCCGUCGCUUUCACACGCGCACUUGCCGUUUCACUUUUCGUUCACACGGUUCUUCCACAGUCGGUUCGCGUAAACGCCAUUUUUUUAUAAUCUGAAAAUUUCGUGUUGUUUUGUCGUUUUUUUCUACGACGACGUUUUUCUCAAUCGAUGACUACCACAGAACCGUCGCGUCGUGUUGUACACCAAUAAUAAUAACACAACAAGUAACACAAGGAGGUGACGUCGGAUGCUGCAGUGCCAAUCCAGCGGUCCCACUAUCGGCGGAGAUAACGAUACCGCACGAUCACCAUUGUUGUUUCGCGAUAAUAAUCAUUUCUCGAAGGUUAGAUGUUGCCACGACUCGCUAUUGUAAGAGAUGCCUGGAUUGAAAGAUAUGUCGAUGCAACAGCAAGGAACGAAUAGAAGAGAGUUUAAUGAAAAACCAAUAAUGCCUUACCACCGAAACAGCGUCAAUUCAAAUGGAUACUCUACGGACGGGGGACAACAGAGUAUCAUCACGACCGAAGAGAGGAACGACAAUGGUGGCGGUGGCGAUGACAGCUCGGCACCCACCUAUGUCAUUGAGCACUUGGCCACGUUUACCGUAUCAAAAAACACCGGUAUCGUUUACCCGGCCGACGGCAUGAGAAGACUGUUGCAGUUGGAAAAAUCCAACGGCAUUUGGUCGCAAAAGAUGCAGCUGCGGCUCGACCAGUCUUGGGUGCUCAUAAUGGACUACGAGACGGGCGUGGUGAUGGAGAGGUUUCCCAUUUCGCUGGUGAAGGAGCCGACGGCGUUCACCAGCAACGAUCCCAUGGAAAUCUACAACAACAUUUUGGUGUUCGUCGUGGGUCAGGUAGACUCGCGAUCGGAGAUGCACAUAUUUCAAUGCCAAAGCAUACCGGCCCAGGAGUUGGUUGAAGACCUCAAGUUGCUCAGGUCCGGCAAGGGGAUCAGUCGAAAGACCAGACACAUGCCGCCUGCUCCACCUUCGAAUCCACCUCCUCUGAACGGCGUCAGCGUCCGCGAGCAAGUGUCCGUCUUCAACGCCGUCGCACAUCACACUGACAGUCCGGCUAGGGUGGACGAUGAGACGAGUUCGACGUCUAGUGAGAAGUACGAGAGGGACGUGAUCGUGCUCAACCAUUGUUUUGACGACAUAGAGAAGUUUAUUGCCAGGUUACAGCACGCGGCAGCUGCUUCCCGCGAGCUAGAACGCAGACGAAGGAACCGAAAAUCCAAAAAGAAGGACAUCGGGGACGGAAUGCUGACGAUGCGAGCCAAGCCGCCUCCGGAAAUCGAAUUUGUCGAUAUUUUCCAAAAGUUCAAACUGUCUUUCAACCUUUUGGCCAAACUAAAAGCGCAUAUCCAUGACCCGAACGCACCGGAACUAGUGCACUUCCUGUUUACGCCGCUGGCGCUGAUCGUGGACGCCUCGCACGAUACCCACUACAAGCCCAACAUACCGUCCAGAGUAGUGGCGCCGUUACUCACCAGGGACGCCAUCAAUCUGCUGAUGAAUUGCGUGACCAGCAAAGAGACCGAACUCUGGCAUUCGCUUGGCGACGCUUGGCUCAUACCCAGAGAACAAUGGAAAGGCUACGUGGCUCCGUAUCAUCCGAUUUUCAUGGACGGAUGGUCGCCGGAGUACCCGAUUCCGGUAUCGUCGUCCGAAGCGCCGACAGCCGGUGGUCAGGCGGAACCGAAAAAGUCCAGGGACGAAAUGAAAAACGCCCAUCCAGAGGGUGAGCUACGCGACGGUCCGUACCAUCACAGGGACCGACCACACGGCGGUGGAGGAGGAGGAGGAGGCGGCAUUGGGGACGACAGCAGCGACUAUUUUGAAUACGAACACGAGCAGACCGGACAAGGGAUGAUGCAAGGAAUCAGACCGCAUUACACUUACAACCCGGGCAAUUAUUCAGGACACCCCGAGCAGUUUAGCCCGGACGACAGGGAUGAUUCGCACAGUCUUGAAGGUGAAUCCGAACCGGAUUUUAACACGCUGUCGUUGCACAGUCCGCCCAGAAUUGACAAGGAACGCGGUGACGUGGCUGCCCGCAGUGAUAUUUCUGCGGAUUCCAUCGAGCGGAACAUGGCAGCAGGCGGUCCGGGAAGCGAACGGUUCGAGAGGGCGCAAGCCAGGUGGCUGGAAGACAUGAGAAACCGCGGCGUGAAGAUAGUCCAAGUCACCUAUCCGAGGACGGCCAACAACGACAAGGAGCUGUCGGUGGUCCGAGGAGAACUGUUAGAGAUAUUGGACGACAGCAGGAAGUGGUGGAAAGCCCGCAAUAGCCGUUCGCAAGUGGCCCACGUGCCACAUACCAUUGUGACGCCGUUCAAUCCCAUGUUAGACUCCAACGACGUGUUUACCAAUCCAGUGUACGCCAAAGGAUACGACAAGAGGUCUCCGUCUCAGUCUCACGGUUACUCUAUGCAAGAAUCCAUAAAGAGCGAGUUUGUCGAGCAGAGCAUGAGUCCAGACUCGUCCAGGGGAGCUUCGGUGCCGCCGCCCGUACCAGCCCCGGCCGAUUGGGUGCGCAAAGAGAGGAUAGGCAAAAAAGGAGAAUUCCGAUACUUCUAACGGCGUACGACAACCUAAUAGAACUUACUUUAUUUGCCCCGGUGACAAUUAUUAUUAUUAUUAUUAUUAUUAUUAUUAUUAUUAUUAUUAUUAUUAUUAUUAAUGUAACCAAAAAGUAUGUGCAUCGAAUAAUAGUGAAUUAUUUAUUCUCACUAUCGAUGGACACAUUCGUCAGUAUUUUAUUUUUUUUAUAACUGAUUGACUUGUUUUUAUACAUAAAUAUAUUUUUAUUAUUUUUUUAAACUUUGUUAUAGAAUAUAUAUAUAUAUAUACAUAUUAUUUUGUUUUGUGAAUAAGCGUUAGAUCUUUUAUAUUAUUAUAUACUCAUAAAUAAAUAAAACAAUAGAAUGUCACGUAUCUCGUGUCGUAAUAUUACACUUUUUUUGCAUACAACAGAGUAGUCGACUAUUAUUUUUGUGCUUAACUAGAUUAUAGGUUCGGAUUAUUUAAACAUCUCAAGUAAAAAAAAAUCUUAAUCUUAAUGUAUAGUGAAAUUAAGUUUUAUUUCUUUUUAGUAAACGUACCAACUUAUAUUAUGUAUGAGGUAUACUUGUAAAGAUGUUCUUGAAAACAUAUUAUUUUUGUAUUAAUAUAAUUUUUUUAAUAAGAUAUUUUUUUGUAAUAUUUUAACAAGUUAAUAAACGGUAUUGUUUAGCUUACUACAUUGGCAUAGCAUAAUAUACAUAUAUUAUGUCAAUGGUUUAUCACCAUUAGGAUAUAAGUAGCAAUAAUUAUUAAUAUAUCUCAAAACAACUUCAACUACAAACCAAAUUGUAAUUACUUUAUAAUACUGGUAUUGCUUAAAGACAUUAAAAAAAAACAUGACACCUUACAUUUGUACUUGGAUUUA